AUGCGGCUGAAGCUGCGGCGCCUGUCGCGCUUCGUGUCCGACGUCGAGCGCUGCGGCUUCUUCGACGACCACCUCUGGCCCAUGACGCACUACUUCGCGAGCCUCGCGGCGGCGAAAGUCGACCCGGCGGCCGUCGGGCUCAUGUACACGGACAAGCUCGAGAGCGAGCUGCCGCGGGCCGUCUGGGGCGAGACCGGCGGGCGGCGCCGCAGCGUGAGCCACUCCAUGGUCACCGGCGGUUCGAGCUGGUCCAAGGUCCUCGUGUCGACGGCGCACAACCGGUCCGACGCGAACCACGACCUCGCCCUCGAGGUCACGCAGCGCAUCUGCGCCCUCGUCGCCGCGGACUACGCCUGCUUCCCCUUCGAGCCGCCCCCGGCCUGCGCCGCGGCCCUCGCGGCCGCGGCGCGCGCGCGGCGCGACGGCGCGGCGCGCGACGAGCCGCGGCCGUACCCGGCGCCGCUCCCGGAGGAACCCCUCGCCGCCGUCGUCGCCGCCCGCGAAAUGGCGCCGACGGGCGACGCGCCGGCCUGCGGCCCGGGGCCCGCGGCGGACCCGCUCGGCCGGCUCCUCGCGGCGUACGCCGAGCUCGAGUCGCGGUCGCAGUGGCUGUUGGGCUGGCGGGACCAGCACUUCGAGGCCCUCGGCCUCGCGUACACGGAGCGCCACUGCUUCGACUGGCACCAGAUCGCGGACCAGGUCGCCAACGACGUCACGAACCUCUGGGACCUGCCCCUCGACCACAAACUCAAACGCGUCGCGAACUUCCUCGGGGACGUCGCCCGCGCGGGCUACUUCGACGACCUCCUCGUGCCGCGGUCCGCCGGCGGGGGCGGCGGCGCCACGGACGUCGACGCGUGCCACGGCGACAUGGCCGCGUGGUGCGCGUCGAAGCGCGUGCCCGUCGACGGGUCGCCCAAGGACGGCACGCGCGCCGGCGGCGCCAAGUGCGCGCGCGAGUUCUUCAACCGCAAGUGGUCCGACGGCACGGGCAAGCCGCCCGGGCCCGGCGACGCGGGAACCUGCACGCUCCACGCGGUCCACGAGUACAUCUACGCGCACGGCGACCGGAAGCGCGUGGAGCCGUGGACGCUCGCGCCGGCCGCGCUCCUCGAGGCCGCGCUCGACCCGGCGACGCCCGUCGCCCGGGCCAUCGUCGACGCCGCCUGCGCGCUCUACGAGACCGACUUCGCCUGCUUCGCGAACGCGAACGCGCACGCGCGGAGCCCCGGCUGCGCCGCGCUCGUGCGCGCGCGCCUCGCCGCGGUGCGGCGCUAG